AUGUCCACCAUCUUCUACGCCGUUCAGUGCUGCCAAUGCUCCACCAUGCAGGUAAAGCAGAGGAAGCAGAGCAGUAAGAACAACAAGUGGACUUGUGUGGUCUGCAAUCAGAAGCAGUCUGCACGCAAGGUGUUCGCUGAAAGUACCAUGGCUCGAGACCUCCGCCCUUUCGUCCAAUCCUCCAACAUGUCUCGUCAAUUCACUCAAAAUCAACAGCAACACCACGAGCAUGCCCUUGUUUCUGAUGUUCAUGAGUGCCAUACCCAAAAGAAAAGACGAACUGAUUGGACCCAGUACCUGGAUGCCGAGGCCGAUCAGCGCAGCGAUAUGAAGCAAGGAGAUGAUGAAUGA